CGCACGUUCAAGUGAUUCAGGUGUCUCUCUCUCUGCGCGUUCGUAGCGAAGCGAAGCGGUCGGAGCAGCCGCCUCACGCCAUCACAAACUUCCCACUUCGAACACUUUUCGUCUCCGGCAAUCUCCUCUGCCCUCUCUGUGAACGCACACCCUUCGAUUUUUCUCAUGCAAUCCACUCGCUACACGACGCCCCACCCAUGCCGCUUCCGCCUUCCUCGCCAGCUCCGUGAACCCCGGACACCCAUUUCGAGGAAACCCGGACUCAUCGCCACCAGCUCUCUGCGGACUCCCCUCCACUCCGACCCAGAGGAAGAUAAGCUCCGGGAAGAAAAGGGCUUCGGACCCACUUCGUUGCCGGCGGCGGGGAAGCUCCCUGUGGUGAUUCGGAAGUCCGGCAGGGUGUCCAGGUACGUCUGGGAUGGGGGCUGCCUGCGGCUGGUGAGCGUCGACGGUGGGGCUGCGUCGUUUGGCCUCGAUUUCGAUGGUGGGGUUCGGGAGCUGGGGAGGGCCUGUAGGGUGUUCGUGAGGGAUUUCUUCAUUCCGAAGCGAGUGAGCGCGACUUACCUGGACUAUGUGAAAUGGAAGCUCUUGCAUCGCGUCUUCAGCUCUGCUCUUCAGGUUCUUGCUACUCAGGCGAUGUUCCGAGCUAUAGGGAUUGGAUACUCUCGAUCACUGCCGUCAGCUGCCGCAUUGAAUUGGGUCUUGAAAGAUGGACUUGGACGGCUGAGUAGGUGCAUUUACACUGCUAGCCUGGCAUCUGCUUUUGAUACCAACUUGAAGAGGGUUCGGUUCUCGACAUCAGUUAUCUUCAGUUUGAGUAUUGGUGUGGAGCUGCUGACUCCUGUAUUCCCACAAUACUUCCUGCUUCUUGCAUCCAUAGCCAAUAUCGCAAAACAAAUCAGCCUCGCAUGCUAUUUGGCCACUGGUUCUGCUGUUCAUCGGAGCUUUGCUGUAGCUGAUAACCUUGGUGAAGUUUCUGCGAAAGCACAGAUUCAAUCAGUGUGCUUUGAUAAUCUUGGCCUUAUGCUUGCUGCACUUCUUAACAUGUCAUUCAAGAACAAUCAAAGAUUGCUUGCAGCUUUACCUUUUGUGGUAUACCCUAUCUUCGCAGCACUAGACCUUUUGGGAAUAUAUCAGGGACUCAAGUAUGUCCACCUGCAAACUCUAACUAAGGACAGGCUUGAGAUCAUCUUAAAUACAUGGACCGAGUUUGGUUACGUGCCUUCGCCUGCUGAAGUAAGCAAAAGGGAGGGGAUUGACAUAUUUAAUACAAAAAGCAAAGACUUUUGGCCCAUAAGAAUAGGGAGCUUGGGCACCAAGGUUCAGAUUCCCAAGUUGUCAUUGUUGGCCAUAAAAUCUGUGAAUAGCAAAGAUUAUUACUUCAUCUGCUUGGAGACCUUUGGUGGAUCAGCAAGAACCGCAGAACAAAAUAUCCUGCUUUGUCUGAGAGAAGGAGCUGGCACUUCAGAUGUUAUCAUGGGUUUGUUGCAGGCAUGUUACAUCCGCAAGGCCCUAAUUCAGAAUAAGAAUCGAUGGGAGCGGAUUUUAGGGGCCAGUGAUGUAUCUGAUUCGGGUUUCAAGGAGUGGUUUAGAUUGGCUGAGGAUAGCAAGCAGAGCGCUGAAAGAAGUGUUCGCACGGUGAGUGACCAAAUUGCGACCAUGGGUUGGGCUGCUAAAAAUAUUCUGUUGAGCACACGGGAGCAGGCUCGGUACAGCUUCAUAGAUGACUGAAGACGUUGGGCGGCACCUUGUGGAGUUACGGGCAGUGUCUCCCUCUGAUAGAGAUAUUUUGGCAAUGGGAAGCAUACUUAGCAUAGGCUGUUUCUUUUCUUCUUUUUUCGGCUGUGGCAGCAUAGGCUGUUGGAGUAGGGUUUUAUGUUAUGAAUGAAGAAAUGUAAGAUAAGUCCUCUCUCUCUCUCUCUCUCUCUCUCUCUCUCUCUCUCUCUCUCUCUCUCUCUGGGUUGCAGUGUUUCUUCAUUGAGGCAAAGUGGUCAUUGGGAGGUUCUCAAUCAAAUGUGCAUUUGUUUCAAUAGUGAAUUCUGGAUGUGAUGUUACUCUUUUUAAAGUAUUGUCCCCUGUACUCCAGUCACCCGGAGGAGAACAAGACAAAAGGAGAUAAACAAAAGUGAGGAUCAUUGGUAUCAA